CAGGAAGUUCAGAAAGGUGCAAAAACGAAAGUUAAUAUUUAACAGAUAAUAUAUGGGAUUUUAAGUCACCUUUAAGCGAUCAACCACUGAUGUCUUGAGAUUAAGACAAACAGACAUCUUAGAAAUGGCUGAGGAUACUGACAAGUACAACCGGAGAAGCUUUGUGGCAAGCCUUCCAUCUGACUACAGUGAUGUUCAGCCUCAAAGCUACGACCCAGACUUUAUCUCUUCCAUUAGUAAUCAGAUGCAGGUUCCAGACAAAAUUCCCGUACUCAACGGAGGAGACACAGAGUUUGACAUGCGAAGGGGGAUGGACUGGUCAGAUGAUAGAGGGAAGUCACAUGCAAUGAAUGUGCCGGAGCGAAUCAUGCUGGCAGGAGGUGGGCACCAUGUUGGCGGAAGGCAGGAUGUUCAUCUGAACUUUGACAGCCUGCCUCGGGGUAGCUCAGAGACAGUGGGGCUGCUGACUCCACCCCAUACACUCACCCUUGACGAGCAGUUCCCUUCCCUAGAGUCCAGCAACGAUGAUGAAGAGGUGGAGGGGAUAAACGCUGAACCCAGGGUCCCAAACGGGAGAACAAUGGCACUGCGGACGCCAACCACACCACUAUCAGAUUCCCUUAUGCUGUCUGGGGAGGAUUCUGUUCUGCUCAGAUCACAGUUGAUGAAACUGAAUAGACGUUUACACACCAUGGAGAGACAACAAGAGCUACUGGCAAAUAGAGAGAAACUUGCCUUUGGAGCGGCGAUGGGCUACUUCAUGAUCAAAUUUGUCUUCUGGUUUUUCCGCAGCAAAUGACAACUAAAGAUAAAGGGACCAACGAGACCAUUUCUUCAGAGUUUUGUCAAUAUUAAUACUUUAACACUGGUGUAUUUUCUACUUGUGAUAUACAAUAGACAGAAACUGGUCGAGGGAAGGAGAAAAUUCCCAUUUUUGUUGCAAUACUUGAAAUAUCUUUGGAAUAGAUGCCUCCAUUCAACUUAAGUAUGUUCAUGUAUGAGCAUUUAAGCUAUCUUUAAAGUAUUAUUUUUAUACACCAGUUUAAAAAAAAAAAAUGAUAUAUUAUGGGAUCAUCUUUGACAGGGGGCGUCAACUAAGUUUUGCACACUUACUCAAGGAGCUUUUGCUGGAUCAUCACCAAACUUGGGCAAUAUGUGUAUGGGCGUACCUCAGCCAAGUCUAAUUACAAGCCAUGUCACCCCAAUCCCUUAAGGGUUAUGCAGUCAUCGAAAUCAGACUUUUGGAUGAACAAGCCCGAAUUCUUAUUGUAUUGCUUGGCAUAAAAGUUUUGAACAAGCCCUGCUAUAUAAAAUUCAGAAUUUGAGCAAGCCUUUGAACAUUUUACCAGUGCAGGGCUUGCGGGCUUGUGCUAAUUUCGACUACUGGUUAUGGUCCUUGAAUUGCUUAAUCUACAAAAAGGUGUUGUUGUCCAUUAUGUAACUUGGAAGAACUUUUUUUUUCAAUCAACUAAACGUGCACAAUAUGUGUAAUGGAAUAAUAUCUCGAUCAAGUUUGAUAGUCUGCAAUGUCUGGCCAGUAAUUUCUAAAUAACUGCACUUAAUUUGCUUAAGUUUGUGUUGCCUGCGCUGUAACUCUAGUAGAUUUUGUCUGAUCUUCACCAAAAUAGGGAAAUAUGUUUAGGGGCAAUAUAUCAUGGCAAAGUUUAAUUACCAGUCACUCCAGAGUUACUACCCUUGAAUUAAUAAACAAUGUAUUUGCAGUGUCCGCUCUCUGUAUUUGACUCAUGUACAUGUACAUGUACACUAAAGUUAGUGUCUAAAAAUAAGACGGACAUUUUGUGAAAGUUGGCAUUUUACUUCUUUAUCUCUGUUUCUUAAUGUGUUGUUUCCAUGCUCAAAUACAUGUAUCUUCUGAUGCAUAUAUUUUGUUCUGCUUUAUUGCAGUUCUAGAUUGUCAUCUUAGUAUUAUAGGGGUUUUCGAUAUGUAUUCAUUAUUCAUAAUAUCAUAAAAUAUACAACGUAAUAAUAAUAAUUUUUAUAGUCUUUUAACUACUCUAUCAUUAAUAUAAUAUUCCUAGUUUCGCCACCAAUUAAGAAAAUAUCUGCAAAAUUUAGAUAAAUGAUAAAUGGCUGAGAUUAUAAUACAUGUAGUAGAUCAGACAUUGCAAAAGAUACUUAUUUCAAAUGGUUUUGUGUAAUCAAGCUUCAAAAAAGUUAAUUAAAUACUGUAGGAAAUAAAUUUAGUGCAUGGGGUUAGUCUGUUGAUGUUUUAUGUCAACAGGUUUUAUAUUCAGGAUAUUUAAGACAGCAACUUUACGGCUUUUUGAACAUAAUCUUAAAUGGUCUAUAUUGCUCAAAAAAAAUGGUUAAGUCCCAUUUUAGCAAUAAUCUAUCACAGGAAAGCAAUUUACAGAUAUUCAACAGGAGAAGGCACGUGUGUUUUGCUUCAUACAGUUUAAAGAUACUUGUACAGGGGAACAGUCCAAUUUGAAAGCCUUCCUGUGGGGUGGGUUUUGUAUGGAAAGCUAUAGCACUCCUACGCACAGGGUACAGAUCGUAGAAAUAUCAGCGUUCGAUGUGCUUAUAAAAUAUUGCUCUUCCUGAGCAAAUUUAUGACCACUGUGCGCAAGAUUGAUUACAUAAUAACUGUGUAGUGUGCAUUAUACAUUUGGUGUAUGCACUAAAGUUAUUCUAUUCUGUAAACAGAGAUGAUGUUUCUGAAUUAAUCCUCAAAUCAGGAUUGUAAGCUUUUUAUUUCGUUUUAUAAUACAACUGUAUAGUAAGUUUUCACCAGAUUAUUUGCGUGAAAAAAGUAGAUAUUAACAUCAUCAUCAUCAUCAUCAUCAUCAUCAUCAUCAUCAUCAGUGAACGCCUCAUUCAUAUUUAGCAUUCUCACAAACUUUAGAUGAUUCCAAGUCUCACAAGGGCUGACUGGAACCCAUUUAAGCUUGCUGACUAUGUUUGUUGGUAGAUGGUUUGGGCACGUACAUACCCAAGUUGCUUGGUAAUGGUAAAGUUGAUAUUGCAGGAAAUGUUCAGUUUUAGUCUGGACCAUUCAUCUUGAUCUUCUAGGUGUUGUUUGUCAUUUUUCUUGUAGUUAUGUACGGGUGAUUAAUGUAAGGUACUCACAUCUUGAUGUGCGCUAGAAUAUUAAUACUAAUAUCUAUUACCUUUAUAUUUUGUUUUAUGAAUUUCAUAUUGUAAAAAUACAUCUUUAAGAAGUU